AUGGGGUUCUUACGCUUCUAUACGUCGCUGGCACUGAUCUCUGCCUCGGCCUUCCUCGUCCGGGGUCAGAGUGAUGAUUUAGGCCUCGCGAAUGGCUAUACCAAUCUGAAGACUGACAACUUCGACCUUCGGCUCGUCACGGACGCCCAGAUCCUAGCGUCGCUCAAGCCAUCCGGAUCAUCCUUUGACUUCUUACCGUCCGAUUACUUGCCGUACCGAGCAGCCAACGGUCAGUACCAUAUUGGAGACAUCACCUUCCGGUAUCGCGCGGUGGGGGAUAGCGAAUGGACUGCCGGUGAUUCCUCCCAGACUCGAGCCGUUGUAAAGUCACUCGACGCCGAUGCGCUCGCCGCAGCCGAUCUAACAUCCACGUUGUCUGCCAGCUCUGCUCUACAAAUUGUUCGCCAAUGGUUGGACGUCGAUGGAGACUUAGGACUGAGCUUCACCCUCACGAAUAAGGGCAAUAGUAGCGUAGAAAUCGGCAGCCUGGGCUUCCCGAUUGAGUCCAACAGUAUAUUUACAAAUCGCACCGCGGACGAAGUCACAGCGCAAUGCUCCCUCGUGGACCCGUACAUCGGGCUGGAUGCCGGCUAUCUACAAUUCAGUCCAACUUCCGGACAGGGUCCAGCCUUGAUUAUCACUCCAUUGGACAACACGAGCACCCCUUUCGAAGCCUGGCGCAACCUCGAGGAGGUAUCUGACCAGUACACCGGGUACGGUAGCCAAACAUUUGAAGGGUUCUAUGAGUGGCAGACUCAUUCAAAGGCAUAUGCUGAGAAGGAAUGGGCCGAGGUGGCUCCCUGGAAUGAACCAACCGCGCGCAGUCUCAAACCUGGCGAAUCCACCACGGUAGGCCUUCGCUUCUCCGUGGUGAAGGAUGGGGUGCGCGGAAUUCAAAAAGCUGUCCAGGGGACAAACACUCCAUUGACCAUAGGAACAGGAUAUGUCGUUCCCCGCGAUCUAACGGCACAGCUGUUCAUCUUUCACUCGGCCAAUGUCUCCAAGAUCGUAUCCGACAACAAUGCCUUCGACAUAGCACGCUCUUCAUCCAACCUAGUUUCCCUUUCGCCCUCUGAAUCAGCCUGGGGAAGGACCAAGAUCACCAUCUCCUACGCGGACGGAAAAAUCCAGACAGUCCAUUACUUCAUCACGAACGCUGCCCCAGACGUGAUCUCCAAGUUAGGUGACUUCUCAACCACUGCCAUGUGGUUCGACGACGAGAAGGACCCCUUUGGUCGGGCACCCUCUGUGAUCACGUAUGACGCGGCUGCCAAAGCACAAGUGCUUCAAGAGGCGCGAGUUUGGAUUGCUGGACUCAUGGACGAAGGCGGCGCCAUAUUUCUUGCUUCCACGAUGAAAGAGCACGGCCUUCCCAACGCGGAGGAGGUGGCAAAGCUAGAAGAAUUUGCGUCCAAAGUGCUUUUUGGCACCAUUCAAAACACCGAUUUUACGGUUCGUAAGAGCGUCUUCUACUACGACCCAGACCAACUCCCGAGUUAUGAAUACAGCAGCAAUAUCGACUGGGGAAAUUGGUGGUCUUGGAAUAAGGAGGCUUCAUACUCCACCGAUCGUGCGUAUGACUACAUCCACGUUAUUGGAGCAUAUUGGUCAUUGUAUCGCGUCGGCCGCGACAACCCGACGCUUCUCAAGGUGCACCCGUGGCAGUGGUACCUGGGCCAGGCUUACAAUACGACCGUAACGUGUUUUGCGACAAAUUCUGCCGGGGACGGCCUGGUGGGUUACUCGCGCCUGGGCCUAAUGGGAGAAACUGUUGUCGGGGAGCUCCUGGCAGACCUGCAACGUGAAGGAUGGACCCAAGAGGCAGAUGCGGUAGAGGCCGCCAUGAAACUUCGCGCGGAAGCGUGGGACUCGCAGUCGGAGCCCUUUGGAAGUGAAAUGGCGUGGGAUUGCACGGGUCAGGAGGGCGUUUAUUACUGGAGCAAUUAUUUCAAUCUCACGCAGACCACGACGAAAACCAUCAAUAGCAUUCUGGGUUUGAUGCCGACGGUGUCUCAUUGGGGCUGGAAUGGGAACGCCCGUCGCUACUGGGAUUUCAUGUAG